CCUCCUCUUCUCUCUCGUCGCUUUAGUAAGCAUCCGAUCCCCCCAUUUGUCGUCUCAUAUCUCUUACAGUAGCAGCCUUCAUCCGAGUCCUCUCGAGCUGUCUUCGGUAAGCAUUUGUUCUCUCGCUACUCGUUCUCCCUCUCUAGCUUUUGGAUGGCGUUGAAAGAGAGUUUGAAUAGGUUCAAGAAGCAGCAAGAGAGCGCACAGUCACUUCUUAUCGGCAUUGCAUCUGAUAGGGCCACAGCAACACCAAGACCUGCGCCUGCAGUCACUAAGGCUCCAGCUCCAGCUGUCAAAUUUUCAAAUGAUACGGAGAGACUUCAACAUAUUAAUAGCAUACGGAAAGCCCCUGUUGGAGCUCAGAUCAAGCGUGUUAUAGACCUGUUGCGGGAGACAAGGCUUUCAUAUACACCAGAGCAAAUUAAUCAAGAAUGUUAUGUCGAUGUGAAUGCUAACAAAGCUGUCUUUGACAGUCUGAGGAAUAACCUAAAAGUUUCUUAUGAUGGGAAGAGCUUCUCUUAUAAGUCCAAACAUCGUAUCAUGGACAAAAAACAGCUUCUGUCCCUAGUACGGAAAUUUUCAGAGGGUAUACCGGUCAUUGAUCUCAAGGAUGCUUACCCAAAUGUGAUGGACGAUUUACAGGCUUUGAAAGCUUCGGGUGAUAUCUGGCUGCUUUCAAACUUUGAUUCACAAGAGGACAUAGCAUAUCCAAACGACCCCAGGUUGCCUGCCUCCAAGGUUGACGAUGACCUUAAGGUGCUCUUUAGGGGGAUUGAGUUGCCGCGUGAUAUGAUUGACAUUGAGAAAGAGCUCCAGAAGAAUGGGAUGAAGCCGGCCACGGAUACUGCAAAAAGAAGGGCCUUGGCACAGAGUCAAGGCAUUCCUAGCAAAUCCAAACCCAAGAAGAAGAAGCACGAGAUCACAAAGAGGACCAAGCUUACAAACGCCCAUCUGCCGGAGCUUUUCCAAAACCUAAAGAACUAGGUCAAGCCGUCCUUGGCAAGUUGCGUGGUUAUGCUUUCGAGGCAAAACCUUUUUGGUAUGGCCUUCAAAUAUGUGAUUGCAUUUACAAUCAUGAAGUUUAUGUGAAAGGUCUCUGAGAUGUUGUGGCUUGUAUGGUCCAAAGAGUGUAUUAAAACAAAUGUAUUAAUCUGAUUAGCCAAGUGACAACUAUUAAUGUUAGUGAAAAACACUUCGAGAAUCAAAACGCCGCAUUUGACUGUAAA